AUGUCUUGGACUCCUUUUUGUGCACCUCUCCCGGGUCGUCUUCUAAUAAAUAAGCUCCCCAGGCAGGCUUCUCUUCUCCAAGAUUUGCAUUCAGCACCGACAAUGGGGAAAGAUUCAACUUUUGGAGAUGGGGUACUGAAAAAGAUCGUCCUCUCCUACACCUAUGUCGCCGUGUGGAUCUUCCUCUCCUUUACUGUUAUAGUCUACAACAAGUACAUUCUUGACCGUAAACUCUACGACUGGCCAUUUCCCAUAUCACUAACCAUGAUUCACAUGGCUUUCUGCUCUUCCUUGGCGUUUAUAGCCGUCCGGGUGCUGAAGCUCGUAGAGCCUGUUUCCCUUUCUCGCCAUGUCUACCUCACCUCAGUUGUCCCCAUUGGUGCCCUCUAUUCGCUCUCCCUCUGGCUGUCAAACUCUGCUUAUAUUUAUCUAUCUGUCUCAUUUAUCCAGAUGCUUAAGGCCCUUAUGCCUGUUGCUGUGUAUACAAUUGGAAUCCUUUUCAAAAAGGAUGCUUUCAAGAGUAACACCAUGAGCAACAUGCUUGCCAUUUCUCUCGGUGUCGCAGUUGCUGCUUAUGGUGAAGCCAAGUAUGAUUCUUGGGGCGUUUUUCUCCAACUGGGUGCGGUUCUUUUCGAGGCUACAAGGUUGGUUAUGAUUCAGAUCUUAUUGACUUCAAAGGGGAUAAAUUUGAACCCAAUUACUUCACUUUACUAUGUUGCCCCCAGUUGCUUGGCCUUUCUUUCCAUUCCCUGGAUUAUAGUUGAGUACCCAGUGCUGAAACAGAAUUCGGGCUUUCAUUUUGAUUUCGUUAUUUUUGGGACUAAUUCACUGUGUGCUUUUGCGUUGAACUUGGCUGUUUUCUUGUUGGUUGGAAAGACUUCGGCUUUGACCAUGAAUGUGGCUGGAGUGGUGAAGGAUUGGCUGCUGAUUGCGUUUUCAUGGUCCGUGAUUAAGGAUACUGUGACGCCUGUGAACUUGUUUGGGUACGGAUUGGCAUUUUUAGGCGUCGCCUAUUAUAAUCACUCGAAAUUGCAGGCUUUGAAGGCGAAGGAUGCGCAUAGGAAGGUGCAAGCAGCAGAUGAGGAAGCUGGAAAAUUGUUGGAAGAGACAGAAGGAGAUGGUACGGAGAAGAAGGGAGAUGCAUAG